AGACACGUGCAAUACAAAAUGAAAAUAAUAUUCGAUAUUUGAAGUGAUUAAUUUUGAUUCUCUGAUUCUACGUAAUUAAUUAGACUGUCAUAUUUUUUUAAUGUCAAAGAUUUUUUAAUUGCUGUAUUUUUGUCGUGGAAUUGGUGAAGCUAAAAAUGGCAACAAUUGAGUUUAAAAUUAACGGGAAAUCGUAUGCAGUGGACGGGAUAUACGGACCAGAUGUGACCCUAAACGAGUACAUACGUAAUGUAGCCCAUCUUCGAGGGACUAAAGCUAUGUGCCACGAAGGAGGGUGUGGCGCCUGCAUCGUUACCAUCAGGGCUGCACUGCCACCCAGCCAUGAGAUGAAGACAUUCGCCGUUAACUCAUGUUUAGUUUCCGUGUUAUCCUGUCAUGGUUGGGAAGUUAUCACGGUCGAGGGCAUCGGAAACAAAAUGACAGGCUACCAUGACAUACAGCGAAGACUGGCCAGUUUCAACGGCACCCAGUGCGGCUACUGCACUCCUGGAUGGGUCAUGAAUAUGUAUAGUCUCACAGAAGCAAACAAGGAUCUAACUACGAGUCAAAUAGAGAAUUCUUUCGCCGGCAACAUGUGCCGGUGUACUGGAUACAGACCAAUCGCAGAUGCCUUCAAGACCUUUGCGAAAGACGCUGAUAAGGCACUUCUAGAUAGACUUGGCGAUCUAGAAGAUAUUUCUACGAUCAAAAGUUGUGGAAUUAAAUGCGCUGCUAAAUGUCCUAAGAAAUGUCACAAAGACGAAGAUUUAAAUAUAGCCGAAGGAUUUACGAUAGUAACUAAAAAUGAGAUGAUUGUGGUUGAUUGUGGCACUCAUAAGUGGUACAAAGCCUUUAGUUUGGAUGACGUUUUUAAAGCUAUGAAUAGUGGUGAAUAUAAAUUGAUAGCUGGUAAUACUGGACAAGGAGUAUACCACGUUACUGAAUACCCACCUCACGUGAUUGACAUCUUUAACGUAUCAGAAUUAAAAGGAUUUAAUAUAGACGUAAAUCUUAUUCUCGGAGCCGGAAUGCCUUUAUCCGAAAUGAUGGAUUUGUUCCUAAAACUAUCCCAUGACAAGGAGGAGUUUGCCUAUCUAAAACAGUUUUAUGACCACAUGGAUCUGGUGGCUCACAUUCCAGUACGAAAUAUCGGGACGAUUGGCGGGAAUUUAUUCUUAAAACAUUUCAACAAUGAAUUUCAAUCGGAUGUUUUUUUGUUAUUCGAAAUUGUUGGAGCCAUGUUGACUAUUGUCACAGCUGAAGGCGUCAAUAAACACAUAACUGUAACACUACCAGAAUAUCUCAAAACAAACAUGAAAGGGAAACUAAUACUGAACGUUAUGCUUCCGCCGUUAUCAAACUGCUGUCAAAUUAAAACUUACAAGAUAAUGCCGCGGUCCCAAAAUGCUCACGCAGUGGUCAACGCUGGCUUCCUAUUCAAAUUCAAAGAAAACUCCCAAAUCUUAGACAAAGCUACAAUAGUAUAUGGAAGCAUAUCAGAUAAAUUUAUUCAUGCUGAGAAAACCGAAGCGGUCUUGACUGGUCGGGAUCUAUAUACUGAUGAGAGUUUACAACUGGCGUUGAAGACAUUGCAUCAGGAAAUAGUUCCUGUAGAAUCGCCUCCAGAACCAUCGGCAGCUUAUAGGAAAAUGCUCGCUUUGGCCUUGUAUUAUAAGGCUAUAUUAAGUCUCUCUCCUGAUGACAGGAUAGAUCCUAGAUAUCGUUCGGGAGGAGAAGCGAUAAAACGAAAAACUUCGCAAGGAACGCAGUCUUUCGAGACCGAUAAAAGUGUUUGGCCUCUUAACAAACCUGUACCUAAGCUGGAAGCUUUGGUUCAAUGCAGUGGAGAAGCUGUAUUUACUAAUGACCUGCCUGCUCAGAAGAAUGAGGUUUUUGGAGCGUAUGUUACAGCAGAUAUUAUUCCCGGAAGUGUUAUAAGUGACUUUGAUACUACCGAAGCUUUUAAACUCCCCGGUGUUGUAGCUUUCUACACAGUUAAAGAUAUACCAGGAUUAAACUCAUACAUCACCGUCACUUUACCACUUUUUACUGAAAAUGAAGAAAUAUUAUGCGAUAAAGUAGUCAAGUACUAUGGUCAACCGGCAGCCAUCAUAGUAGCAGAGAGAGAAAAAACGGCAAACAAGGCGGCUAGAUUAGUUAAAAUAAAAUACGAAUCAAUCAGCAAAAAGAAGCCUUUAGUUAAUAUUGAUCAGGUCUUACGAUCAUCAGAAAAAAGUCAAAAAGUAAGACAUGAUACAACAAUAACACCUGCAGAAACUGGACACGAUGUUAAAACUGUGAUUCAAGGAGAACUAAAAAUGCCAAUACAAUAUCACUAUACUAUGGAAACUCAAACUUGUGUUGCUAAUCCCACCGAAGACGGCUUAGAUGUCUACUCCGCCACACAAUGGAUGGAUCUCACCAACGUUGCAAUUUCACAUUGUUUAAAAGUUCCUAAUAAUAGUAUAAACGUCAUCGUUAGAAGAAUUGGUGGCGCAUAUGGCAGUAAAAUCUCUCGGGCCACACAAAUAGCAUGUUCUGCGGCUCUAGUAGCCCAUUUAUUGGGAAGAACUUGCAGAUUUGUGUUGCCUUUACAAACAAAUAUGGCGGCAGUAGGAAAACGUGUGCCCACUAAUUGUAAUUUUGAGAUUGGUGUAAAUAAACAAGGCGAAAUACAAUAUCUAAAUAAUACUUUCUAUCAAGAUGGUGGAUGUUCGUACAACGAAAUUUUGACCGUUCGUACGAUACAACAUUUUCACAAUUGCUACGACUUUAAACGUUGGUCCAUCGAGGCUAACAGUGUAUUGACAGAUACUGCCUCUAACACUUGGUGCAGAGCUCCCUGCUCGACUGAAGGCGUGGCGAUGAUAGAACACAUGAUGGAGAUGAUUGCCUACUACACCAAAAAUGAUCCCAUUGACGUCCGACUAGCAAACAUGGCUAAAGAAAACAAUCCCAUACCCGAUAUGAUCGAGCAAUUAAAAAAAGACGCUGAUUUUGAUACACGAAAGAAAGAAAUACAAGAAUUUAAUGCUAAAAAUCGAUGGAGAAAACGAGCUAUAAAAUUAAUUCCUCUAACAGUUGAUAUAUUUCAUAUGGGAAACUUUAAUUCAAUUGUUUCUAUCUAUCAUGGUGAUGGUACAGUCAUCAUUAUACAUGGAGGCAUUGAAAUGGGGCAAGGAAUCAAUACAAAAGUUGCUCAAGUUUGCGCCUAUGUCCUCGGAAUACCUAUUGAUAAAAUAAGUGUCAAACCGAGCACAAGUUUCACUUCUCCUAACGGUUCAGUGACAGGAGGUAGCAUUGGUAGUGAAUGCGUGGCUUUUGCAACCAUGAAAGCCUGCGAAGAACUUAACAAAAGACUUGCUCCUAUAAAGGAGAAAAUGGACAAUCCGUCUUGGGAAGAACUUGUCACCAAAGCAUUUGCUUCAGGCGUUGAUCUUCAAGCAACAGGAUUGUUUUCAAAUGCUCAAGGCCAUGUUAAACCAUAUGACGUUUAUGCCGUAGGUAUUUUGGAAGUCGAAGUUGAUAUCUUAACAGGAAAUCAUGAUAUUAGAAGAGUUGAUAUUUUGGAAGACACUGGAAGGAGUUUGAGUCCAGAAAUUGAUAUCGCACAGAUUGAAGGUGCAUUCGUCAUGGGUUUAGGCUAUUGGACAUCAGAAAAAUUACUAUUCGACGACACCACAGGAAGACUCCUUACUGAUCGCACCUGGACGUACAAACCUCCUGGAAUAAAAGACAUCCCAGCAGACAUGAGAAUUUACUUCUUAAGGAAUGCUAGGAACGAAUUUGGAGUAUUGCAAUCGAAAGCUACCGGUGAGCCCGCCCUCUGCCUAGCGACUUUAAUCACUCACGGUCUAAGAGAAGCAGUAAGUUCCGCUCGGCUGGACGCAGGAUAUGAAGACAAAUGGAUUGAUAUUGAAAAUCCCUGCACAGUGGAAAACAUAUUUAUGGCUGUUGAACACAAGCUAGAACACUUUAAAUUAAAAUGAAUAACGUAAGUAAUAAAUCAUACCGAAAUUAAAAAUAUUGU